AUGGGAUUUGCUUUUUCUUUUGGUUUGUUGGAUGGUUCAGUUUCCUCUUUUGACUUUGCUAGUCCAAGCAAAGAAAUUCAAUGGCUGGUGUCUGUCUUCACCGGCAUCAUCUUCUGUGUUAUUGUUUAUAGAUUAACUGCUAUUUUGAGUUCUCUGUUGUUUAUGGGAUAUGGCAAAUUGAGCAGUGCACAGAGAAUUGAAUGGAAUAACCGGGGAUUCUCAACAUUUCAUGCACUUUUUGCAUCAUUUGCAUCAUUAUACCUCCUGACUUUAUCAGAUAUCUUUAAUGAGGGCUCGCAAGCAGAGCUAGUUGUUAAUAGAUCAUCUACUUUCUCAAAUUCAGUAUUGGGGUUUUCUACAGGUUAUUUUCUGACAGACCUGGCAAUGAUUCUUUGGCAUUUUCCAGCUUUAGGGGGUGUGGAAUAUGUUCUACACCAUGGGCUGUCAAUGUUUUCAAUUAUCCAAUCUUUGCUAAGUGGUCAAGGACAGAUCUACAUACUAAUGGUUCUUUUCUCUGAGAGCACAACUCCUUUUGUAAAUCUAAGAUGGCACUUGGAUACUGCUGGUCUUAAGAGCUCUAAACUUUACAUUUGGAAUGGCGUUGCAUUGUUCUUUGGGUGGUUGGUUGCAAGGAUUUUCCUGUUCAUGUUCUUUUUUAUCCACAUGUGGACCCAUUUUGAUGAGGUCAAGGAGAUCUUCCCAUUGGGUUUUUACACCUUGCUUGUGGUGCCUCCUGUGUUGGCAAUGAUGAAUAUAUUUUGGUUCUGGAAGAUUGCCAAGGGUAUGGUUAAAACUCUUUCAAAAGCAAAACAUAGCAAGUGAGGGGCAUACCACAUAUCUUGCUGCUCUACUUCAUGUCCAUGUCCAUAAUAUCUUGAUGCAUGAGAUGGCCAUUGAAUUGAUAUAGUAUAGUUGCAAUCAACAUUUUUUUAACUUGUAAUAUUCAGUAUAGUUGUAUGUUUGGUAUUACUCAAUUGAAUAUAUUUUUCAACACAACAAAUCAGC